GUGCUGGAGGGGCUCUUUGGUCCGACAGACCCCACAGGCUCGGUCGGGGCUCUGCAGUGUCAUGCCCGGGAGCCCCCGGACCGCGCCGAGCUGGGCGCUGUUGCUGCGGCUGCUGGCGCUGCUGCGGCCCCCGGGGCUGAGCGAGGCGUGCAGCUGCGCCCCCGUGCACCCCCAGCAGCACGUCUGUCGCUCGGCGCUGGUGAUUCGGGCCAAAAUCUCCAGUGAGAAGGUAGUUCCUGCCAGUGCAGAUCCUGCUGACACUCAAAAAAUGCUCCAGUAUGGAAUCAAACAGAUUAAGAUGUUCAAAGGGUUUGAGAAAGUCAAGGAUGUUCAGUAUAUUUAUACUCCUUUUGACUCUUCCCUCUGUGGUGUGAAACUAGAAGCCAACAGCCAGAAGCAGUAUCUCUUGACUGGUCAGGUCCUCAGCGAUGGAAAAGUCUUCAUCCAUCUGUGCAACUACAUCGAGCCCUGGGAGGACCUGUCCGUGCUGCAGAGGGAGAGUCUGAAUCAUCACUACCAUCUCAACUGUGGCUGCCAAAUCACCACCUGCUAUGCAGUGCCCUGUACCAUCUCAGCCCCCAACGAGUGCCUCUGGACAGACUGGCUGUUGGAACGAAAGCUCUACGGGUACCAGGCCCAGCAUUAUGUCUGCAUGAAGCACGUUGAUGGCACCUGCAGCUGGUACCGGGGCCACCUGCCCCUGAGGAAGGAGUUUGUUGACAUCAUCCAACCCUAG